GCGUAAUGACAUUUGAACAUUUGAAUUUUGUAAACCGCCUCUGCAUUCUGCAUACAAUCGCUUAACGCUUUGUUUUACAUUAAUUUCAAUAAUAAAUUACUUACCAACAAUGGCAAAGGCUGUACUAGAAAGCCGGCCCUUAUUUUUAGUCGAAGAAAGGAUAAAGACUUUCAAGAAUUGGCCAUUCAGUGCUAAAGAUAAGUGUAACGUACGAAACAUGGCGGAAGCUGGCUUUUAUUCAGUGGCCACGGGGAUUGAGGACGCCGAUGCUGCUAAAUGUUUCCUUUGUGGCAAGGAAUUAGAUGGCUGGGAAGCUAAAGAUGAUCCUUGGGAAGAACAUAAGAGCCAUGCUAUGAAAUGUGCAUUUGUUCAACUUGGUAAAAAGGAGGAUGAACUACUGUUAUCAGAAUUCCUAUCAGUAAUAAAACAGUACAUGGUGAAUGAAACCAAGCGCCUGGCUGAAGUUUCCAAAGAACAGUUUGAUGAGCAAGCUAAAGCCGUUCGAAGAAGAUGCCUUGGAAGGAAAUAAGACUCAACUGAAAUCAUAUUAUGUAAAUUAGCUUGUAACUUAAUAAUAAUGAUUAUGUGUUCAAUUAAAUGAUUUUAAUUA